AUGGCUUUGCGUGAAGGCUAUGAUGCUAUACCACUUGAAGAACAACGGUCUGCAUCCAGUGAAGAAACCCAAGUGCCUACUCACUGGGUGGGAGACGGCUCAAUCAGACCUGCUCAGAGCGCUCGGGAACUCACAGAUGCCUUCAAUGAUACCCUUCACCACGGGAAUUCACAAGAAGAGCUUUUGGGCGCUCCUUCAACAAGCGAGACAGUGUCACAGCUUGACUUUAUGCAGAUUAUGAGACAAGGUCGUGAUGCAGUGACAAACAUCAAUUCGGAGCUGAAAGUGCAAAAGGAGGAUAACAGUGGGACGCUCUUCUGUGUGGCCAUAACAGGUCUGAUGAGUGUGGCCCUCACAAUUAUGGGUGCAAUUUUGAUUGUGAGAACCGAUUCAAUUGCGGAUGCAAUCAAGCAUCUGCAGAGCUCCAUAAAUGGCACCAACAUCCAUAGGCGCACACUUGGUGCAGAUAUGGAACACAUUCUUGACCCUGAACGGCUUUCCACAAGUUCAUUGGGUCACCUAGGGAAAGAUGUGGACAAUAUGUUGUCGGUCCUGGUGUGGGACAGUGAGCGUCAGGAGGGAAUCUUGACACAAGUGACCAGGGAACAAACAGACUUAGACAUGGGGCAGAAUGUCGCAAUGACGUCAGAAGGUUGUACACAAAGUAGCAUCAAGUGGUUAGUCUCUGAGAAUCAAAGAGGGGGCAUUGAGGGGGGUUGCACUAUGAUUAAUCCUUCACUGAUGUCAGAAAUCCUUCUUGAUGCAGAAGAAGGUCCAAUUUGGAUGUUGGUUGAUGGUCAGGUGACAAAGGGGACGUUGAAACCCAUAGCCCCUUUUGGUCGUGGCUCACCAACUGGGGAACAAGACUCAAUGUUGAAGGUUGGAGAAAAAUGGUAUACUUUGAAAGAGGAGCCCAGUGAUGGUGGUGCUGUUGGGGAGAUCAAUGAGUGA